UCAUGGGAGGGAGCGGAUGUGACAAAGCCAUUGCAAGAUCCCGGCCCAGCCCCCGAGUGGAUUGAUGCCUUGCAGUUAGUGGAGGCAGACAAGGACCCCGAGGAGCUGCCAGAGCUGCCAGAGGCCGAGUACUCUGAGGAGACAAGGAUCUUUGGACCAUGGGGCCCUACACCCGACUGUGGUGAAAUAGCUGAAAAAAACUCCUGAGGGAAUCUUCAGGACUGCACAGUGAAGCACUAUGUGCUGCUCUCAUCAAAGGCAGAUGUAGAUCCACACCCUUCUUCCUAGCUCGAUUGUAUGGGAAAUAAAUUUUGUUCUAAAAACUGCUCAUCAAGGGACAAAGAGGAGCAAAGGGCACAGCCACUGAUUUAGCCUUCAUGGAGGCCACAGGCAACAACCAGCUGGCUGCACCAAACGGCUGCAGAAAUGGAACAGCAGCAGCCAUAGCAUCUCAGUUACAUGAUGCUAUCAAAAAAGGUUCAGUAAAGACAGUCCGGCAGCUGUUGGAGGAAGGUGUAGAUGUCAAUUCCAAGGUAGAAGGUGGUUGGACACCUCUGCACAGCGCUGUACAGGCUGAUCAGGAGGAGAUCGUUAACCUUCUGCUGGAGCAGGGUGCUGAUCCACAUGCCAGAAAGGACAAUGGUGCCACCCCCUUUAUUAUAGCAGGCAUAGUGGGGAAUGUGAACCUUUUGGAGCUCUUCCUUUCUAAGGGGUCAGAAAUAAACGAGAAGGAUAACAACGGCUUCACAGCCUUUAUGGAGGCUGCUUGGUAUGGGAAGGAGAAGGCCUUGAAAUUCUUGUAUGAGAAUUUCUCAGAUGAGAAAGAGAUGGAUGUGAAUUUGGGCCGGAUGGUCAGUGCACAACAAAGACAAGUGUACAAAGGCGGAGAAACAGCCCUGAUGGAUGCUGCCAGGAAUGGCCACCUCUCAGCUGUGAAAACCCUUGUGAAAGAGAUGAGAGCCAGCGUGCAUGCCUGUGAUAACUUUGGCAGGAACGCUUUGAUCCAUGCGUUACGGCUGCCUCUGAAGAAGAACACCAUACUUAGACAAAACAAGAAUAUAGAGCCAAUAGUCUCCUUUCUGCUGGACUGUGGCGCUGAUGUUACUGGAAGAGAUGAAAAUGGGAAGACUUCGCUCAUCCUGGCAGCAGAGAGGCAAAGUCAGGAUUUGGUGGAAUUGUUACUGAAGACAGGCAAAGUUGACAUUAACGCCAUGGGCAAUGAUGGCAAAACAGCGCUGAAGAUAGCUGUGGAGCACAACCAUGAGGAAAUAGCCAAGCUGUUAUGUGAGAACGGAGUCAGGGCUGAUAGUAGUGACAUUUUUGCGGCCAAAGAGAACUACAACAAUGAAAUGGUGGCACUGCUGCUCAAAUAUGGUGCUACGGCUACUAAUAAUCAGCCUCCUAAAGAGUGGGCACCCACCAGCAAACGCUGGGGAGAGCAACUAUGGCGUCUUCACAGUAUAAAUUCCCCUCAGAUUGGAAAACUCAGCAUCAUAUUUGAUGAGUAUUACCGCAUUGAGAGCACCUCUGAAGGAGGCAUCUACCUGGGAUUCCAUGCGGGGAAAGAGGUGGCUGUGAAGAGAUUCCUUCUUGGCAGUGAUAAGGCUAAACGAGAAUCCAUGUGUCUCAGUCACUGCCACAGCAACAGGCAUAUGGUAAAACUUUUUGGGACUGAGACUCAUGGCAACUGCCAGCUCUUCUGCCUCUCUCUCUGUGAGAGCAACCUUGAGGAUCAUCUGAGCAAAUCUGCACAGGCAGUCAAUAAUCAUGACAUCCUCAAGACAGUCUUGGAAGCAGUGAGAGAUCUGCACUCUUUGGAAUUAGGCCACGGGGACCUGCACCCACGUAACAUUUUGAUAGAUGCGGAUGAUAAAGUUCUCCUUGCAGAUUUUGAUAAGAGUAGCAGUUUUGCUGAAGGUCAAAGGGAACUUAUAAUCAAAGAAGACUUGGAGUCCAUUGGAGCCGUGCAGGCAAGGAGCUUUGGAGGAAGGGGGCUGCCAAGUGCCAGAUCUAUUGUUAGGAAGUUGCUUUGCCCAGUGGGGGUAGGAGAUGAAACGGAACUCCAUCGGUGGAACAAUGCACUCGGAAGGUUGGUCCUAUAUGUUGUAACAGGGGGUGAGGUCCCUUUUGAUAGACCUGACGGAGAGGAUGUGGCUGCAAGAUGUCCAACAGAUUUGCAGGGUCACUUGGAGAUUGAAGAUCUCAUAAGAAGUUUGGUCUCCCCCCAUGGAGGAAACUCAGUUCAGUUAGGAGACUUGCUCCACCACCCCUUUUUCUGGACCCAUGAGAGCAGGUUUGAGUUUCUUAUGGACGUUGGGAAUAAUCCAGACAUCGAAAACUACAAUGCUGAGAGUCAGAUUGUGAAAGCUUUGAAUUGCAAUAAGGCAACAACUGAGAAGCACUUCUACCAGUGGACUAAGAAGAUUGAUCAAGCUGUUCUGGAAGACAUGAAAGAGAGACGCCACUAUAAAGAUACUGUCACUGACCUGUUGAGGUUCAUCAGAAAUAUGGGGGCGCACUAUGGUGCAAAACCGCAAUGGUUCAAGGAAAUAAUCCAGAACCCAUCACAGUAUUUUGUUGACCUGUUUCCAGAUCUGACAUUUUAUGUCUAUGAGCAUUUGUGCCGUGUGGACAGAGGCUGUUCUCCUUGACCAUCAGGCACAGUCAAUGAAACAAGAUGAGAGGACGAAUGAAUAACAGAGGGAACCUCCUCCUGACCUAGGUUCCGCUGCAGCAGUGGUGAACAACAGGGGUAGGAGCUACUGACUAUCCCAUGCGUGGUACAGGUCUUGAAGGAUAGGUGGUGGGGCCUUGUGUUUAGUUAGACGUUGUUCAAGGUGGUUUGUUUGGUUGUGUGAAUGGAGGGGGAAAGAGGAAGCCACAUGGAGCCACAAAGACACACAGCUUUACAAACAGCCGCAAGGUUUAACAGAUUGCCACACAUGCCCAGCCACAUCCAUAGUCCUAUAUAUACAUGCAACCAGUCAGCUGGUGUAUGUACAAGAACGGUGUGUUUGCUCUACAAAUUGUAGGAUGAAGCACUAUCUGCAGCUUCAUGUGGCCGAUGUCAUUUGAAUUUCUCCCUCCCUGAAUUAGAGAUCUGAAGUUCUGAAUUAUAUUUUUUUCAAGCUUUCCUAAAGAAGGUCCUUCAUCACAUCCUCAAAGGCUACAAUCCCAGCUGAGACAUCGCUUUGAGCACCUGAUGCUGCCCAAUCCUCUGCUGAUGACAAAAUAAGGCACAAGCGGAGCAACAGUGACACUAUGUGGCCAGAUGGAAGAAAAAUUCAAGUCUCUGCCUUGGGAAUUUCCCAGACAGAGAGGCACCCAAGGGGAGUGGGGUUGGAAAGAGAGAUGAAUUGAAAAUAUGUAUCUGCUGUGAGACAUUACUCUGCUCAGCUGCUUCUUUGCAGUGAAUGUAAGCCCAGAAAUAAACUAAAGUAAAUAAAGGUGCUUUUGUGCGAUCAGUA